CGGCCCAAGCCUCACACCAGGGAGAAACUAUAUCAAAAACUGGAGCCAGGCCACCUUAAACCCGACAUCCUCCCUCUCUGCUUCUCGGCCUCACCCACACAGCAGCCUGCUCAGUUCCUGUUGCUGUGUUUCACAACCCCUGCAUCAGAACAUGCUUAUCACCAGCUUCUCAGAAGCAGCAGCUGCCGCAAGGUAUUGCAUGCCUGCUGCAGAAGCCGCUGUGCCCAUCUCUGUGGCGCAUUCCCUGCUGCCAGCACCCGGGCGCCCCUGUUCGUUGGGGCAUGGCUUUUCCAGCCAAAGAAUUCCUUUGCGGCAGUGAUCCCAGCACUAGAGGUUUCGGCUCAAGCUCCCCUUGAACAGGAUCUGCCCCCUCUGAUGACCCAGCUCUCUGACUGCAGCCUGAGGGUUGCCAUUCCAGAAACAGGUGCUGGCCGAGGACUUUGUUGGUCACUGUUGCCCAUCAGCCCUUUGGGAAGGACACGUGACAAUUCUUUGGGGCUCUCUGUGCCCCGCACUCCUUGCCAGGGUUCAGCUCGGCACCGCUGCCGUCGCCAUGGAGUUUGCAGAGCUGAUCAAGACAGCGAAGGUGGAGAACGUGCAGCUCUCAUGCCCCGGGCUCCCGCCGAUCAAGGGGACGCUGUGCAUCACCAGCCAUCACCUGCUGCUGUCGUCCCAGCCCGGGGGCCAUGGGGAGCAGGGCACGGUGGAGCUUUGGCUUCUCAUCCGGAACGUGGACGCUGUUGAGAAAAGUGUUCAGAACCUAGGCUGGUACCAAACCUCCAGGACUAACAGCUCCCACCAAGAGACCAGGAUUGCAAGUUCCUUGGGCACAAUCACACUCAAGUGCAAAGACCUGAAGGUGCUGCAGCUGGAGAUCCCGGGUAUGGAGGAAUGUCUCAACAUCGCCAGCUCCACUGAGGCCCUCUCUUCUGUGGAUUCAGUGAUGAUGAUGUACCCAUUCUUCUACAGACCCCAAAGCAUGAAGCUCAAGGAUGGAUGGCAGCUUUACCCCCUCCAACAUUACUACCAACAAAUCGCCUCAGAGACAAGUGCUUGGAGGCUGAGCUGUGUUAACGGGGAUUUCACCAUCUGCUCCAGUUACCCACUAGCUGUAAUUGUACCAGCCACAGUGGACGAUAAUGUCUUGAAGAAGGCCGCCCGGUUCCGCCAGGGGGGACGAUUCCCUGUCCUCAGCUACUAUCACAAGAAGAAUGGGACGGUGAUGCUCCGUAGCAGCCAGCCACUGAUAGGGCCCAACAGGAAGCGCUGCCAAGAGGAUGAACUGCUGCUCAGCGCCGUCCUGGAUGGAGGGGAGCGUGGCUUCAUCAUCGACACCCGCUCAGCUCAGGCAGCCAAGCAGGCUCGGGUGAUGGGGGGCGGCACGGAGCCCAAAUCCUCCUAUCCCCACUGGAAGAGGCUGCACAGGCCACUGGAGAGGGGCCGCCCGCUCCAGGAGAGUUUCAUUAAGCUGGUAGAAGCCUGCAACGACACUUCCCUCAGCAUGGACCGCUGGCUGAGCAAGCUGGAGAGCUCCAAAUGGCUGGCCCACGUCAAGGGGGCCCUGAGCACCGCCUGCCUGGCCGCCCAGUGCAUGGAGAGGGAAGAGGCCUGCGUCCUGGUGCAUGGAGCCGAGGGGACAGAUACCACCCUGCUGGUGACCGCUCUGGCCCAGGUGAUCCUAGACCCUGACUGCAGGACACUGACUGGCUUCCAGGGGCUGCUGGAACGGGAGUGGAUAGAGGCAGGACACCCGUUUCACUUCCGCUGUGCCCACUCCGCCUACUCCCAUUCCCGGCUCAAGCAGGAGGCUCCCAUCUUCCUCCUCUUCCUCGACUGUGUCUGGCAGCUGGGGCGCCAGUUCCCCUUCUCCCUGCAGUUUAACGAGCGCCUCCUGCUGGUGCUGUUUGAACACACGUACGCAUCUUGCUACGGGACCUUUCUGUGCAACAGUGAGAAGGAAAGGUGCUUGUGUGAAGUGAAGGAGAAAACUCACUCCCUCUGGUCCUGGCUGAACCAACCCAGCGAGUUGAAGAAACACCUGAAUCCCCUGUACACAUACAAUGCCCUGGUCAUCUGGCCGUCCGUGGAGCCUCAGAGCCUGCAGCUCUGGCAAGGGGAAGUGUCUGCACUGGUCCUAGUGGCUAUUCUGUGGGGAGGAACAAACCCAUUUUUGAAGACCGGGACAGAGGGAAUGGAGAAGGUGAAGCAAAGGAACCGGGUGCUGCAGCUGCUUGCAGAGAUGAAAUUCCUGUGCCUCAAUUAUAAGUACAUGGUGCCAUUUCUGUUUAAUCAGUGUGGAUCAAUAAUCUACUAUCUCACAUUGGCAUCUACAGACCUGUCCCUGGCGGUGCCUCUCUGUAACUCUCUGGCUUUGAUAGUCACAGUCGUAACUGGGAAGAUUCUUGGGGAAGACAUUGGUGGUAAAAGUAAGUCAUACUUCAGUGCAAUGCUUUUAUAUAUGUGCUCUGCACACAGCUUGGCAUUCAGCACCAUACCUUGAACAUCUAGAUUACCAUUGUUUUGCGUGAGGUCUAGCUAGAUCAUGUAAUUCUAGGGGCAAGAUGUGUGGUUAGUUAAAUAGUUCAUCUUAUCAUAGGUGGAGAUGGAUUUAUUGAGGACCCCUCCCCUAGAUGUGUACAGGGUGAUGAUCUGGUUCAUCCUACCUUUUCAUGGAUGGAUAUAAGAUAGCACUAGUCUGUGUGUGAUCAUCAGUUGCUGUUGUCUCUCAGAGGGAUUUGAAACUAGGUUUUGGACAACUCUACUCUGCUAGUAGUAACUUAAUAUUUUUACAUUAAGGAGCUACACUGUGGGUAAGCUGCAGAAGGUAAGAAUGUUGUCCUGGUGAGGGAAGAAACCAAGCAAAUUGAAAGCAUGAUGGCAUUUUGUUCCAAUAACAGCUUAUUCAGCUUUCUAGGAUCAUCGUUGAGAGAGGGUGAAAUCUGUAGAUUUAGAGCCAUCCUGUACACUUCAAGUCAAUGGAAGUUAAGGGUACGCGUACCUCAGGUUCAAGCCUUUACACAAUAAAGACACGUGAGCAGAACAGAACUGGUGAACACCCCUCUAGGCCAAGAAAGAUGUUCUAUAAAAACCUAAAAUACCAAUGAAGAUUCUUCUUCCUCACCCCCUCCCUCAGUCCACUGUCUGACACUAGAUAACUUCAUAAAAUGGCUGCACGUUUGAGACGGUUUGUAACUGACUGGGAUGAAGUCCAGCUCCAUAGGCCCAUGCUAAUAGCUACAUUUGUCUUUAAACACAGCUAUUGUUAGUACAGUGUUAACAAGGUUUCCCUGACUCGAGCAAACAAGGACUAUUUUCCUAAGAACUUUUAUAAUAUAGUUAAUAGUUUAAAAAAAUAAAUCUCUGCACAGACAUGAGGAAAAGUGUCUUAGAACCUGCUAUUAACAACACUGCUGAAAUUCAUCUGGAACUAGCAUGUUUCUGAUCCUCUCUAUCUAGCCAGUCAGACCACAUCAUCACUGUAGCAUUUGAAUAGAGGACAAGGCCUAACUGAUUAGUGGUGAGUGCUCAUGAUUCCUCCCAUUUUUGUAUGUCCUGUCUCCUUAGGAGCCGUGGUAGGAAUGCUGCUUACUAUCUUGGGAGUUGCUCUAUGUAUAGCUGGUUCCGUGAACGAGUGAGAAACACAGAGUGGAAGAAGAAUGAAUGUGCAGAAGGUAAUGCCAUUGUUUGGGGAUGGGUACCCCUGCCUCUCUGGACCCAAAUCAGCCACGAGCGGUGUGGUCUAGAACCAAGGCAACGUGGAAGGGUGAAUUUUGAUACCUAAAGAAGAUGAUUUCUGAAAACAGUUGUUGGAGUCUCUUUGCCUUUUCAAGGUUGGGGUCUUGUUCUUUUGGGACACUAAGCCUUGAAGAUUUGGGGUUUGAGCCCCCAAUACUUUAUUUAGGUACAGAACCCUAUGCAAAAAAUUAGUGUCCUGAUCUUCCUCGGACCUCCCUUCUAGGUCUCCCAAAGUUCCAUACUGCUGGAGUCCAUGGUGUAAUCUCCCUUUAUUGUACAUCUCCACCCACACAGUGAGGGAUUUGGAACCAGAGUUUACUAUGUAAAAAAAUGUAAACAACCAGGUUGCAGAGUUGAAGGGUCAUCUCAUCACUAGAUAGUACAUUUUAGAAUUUGAAAAAAAAAAAAUCAUAUAUCAGUGGAAUAUUUGACACAGGACAGCAGAAAAUGGUUCACCAAGCUUAUUUACAGAGGAAGCUACCGCACUAAGACUCCCUCCUAUACUCUAAUUGCUACAUCACAGUAUUUCUAGAACACAAAGGCUGAAUAAACUAAAUGGUUCAUACUUA